AUGCGUCGUACGUUUCUACUUGUAAGCGAUAUUCAUUAUCGUUUAGAUAACAUCAUAAAACUUCAAAAUUGGUUGGUUCAAAAGGAUCGAUUGAAAGAAAUUGAUUAUAUUAUCGCAUCUGGUGAUCUUGCAAAUGCGGAUUAUUUAACACCAACUACGGAAAAGGAUGUGCAAGAAUUUCGCGAGGUGAUUUCUGCUCUUCAGAAUUUUGGCAGGCCAUUGUAUUACAUACCUG